AUGGCAAGCGGUCCUCUAGCGGGGAUGAAUUUUCGCCAUUUAUCAGGUAGAUUUGCUGUAAAAUGUACGCUUUCUACCAAAUCAUACUCCAGACCGCCGUUCUACGAUGUACUUCCUCCAAAUAAGAUGAUGAAACGAAUAUUAUUUGAGUUGGAUAGCAGGUUAACGCUUUCCAAGUUGUAUCCAUUAUAUAAACAAGUAUAUGAAAGUAUGGAUUCUACAAACCCUUCCAUUAAUUUAUCUUCUGGAAUAAAUGCUACUGAUUUGAUGAUAAUGAAAAAGGCUCUUGAGAAAAUUAGAUAUAAAUCAAAAAGCAUAAAUAAGAAUUUAUUAGCUUUGGAAAAUGAACUACUGUAUAAAGCAGCAGAGCUGGGGGAUAAUAAUGCAGUAAGUUUAUUAGCUUUCGAUGUGCUAAACCAUCCUUCAGAUAAUUGUGAAAAAGAAGUGAAACAUGCGAAGGAACUUAUAAAACAAUUGCACCUCUCUAAUCACCCAUUGUCCCUUAAACUUAUGGGUGAUUUCGCUUUGAAGAAUAAUAAUGAUGAAGUAGCCGAACAAUACUUUUUGAAAUUUCUGCACUUUGAAAAGGAUACCUCUUUGGCAGGUGAAGUCUAUGGACAAUUAGGUAAAAUAUUCCUUCGAAAGCCAAUCCUUGCAGCUGCCGAAGAAUAUUUCCUCAAAUCUAUAAAAUAUUGUACAUUGGAAUAUUCUGUCCACUCCUAUUUCUAUCUAGGGCAAUUGUACAUUAGUUCAGAUCCAAUCAAAGCCAAAGCAUUGACUGAGUCAGCGGCAACACAAGGCUUUCGGGAGUCUUUUAUGGUGUUGGGCAACCUUGAAAUGAACUAUUUUUCUGAUUUCAGCAAAGCGCUGGAAUGGUUUAAGUUGGGAAUGGAACUAUCUGAUAUUGAAUGUUUCAUUGGAGGAUUUGAUUGUGCAAUUAAGAUGAAAGAUUUCAACAUUGCUAAGAAAUGCCUAAAUAGCAUGACAAAACUCGUCAAUGCAAAUUCUGACCACCAUCAAUUCUACCAGACUUUCCUAAACCAUCGCGAAGAUAAAAUCAAGUAUCUAGAAAAGCAGUUAGCAUCUUCACAGUCUCUUACUAAUACUGUACGAAAAUCGAAAAUUCCAGAUCCCGAGGUUCCCACAAACGAUAGAUGGAAUAUAUGA